AUGCGGAGGGACUCCUGUCACUAUGAGACUCAACAUCCUGCUGCCACCAGGCUCUGUGAGGAAGAGCUACUCAAUGGGCCAACCCCGCUGCAGACUGCGAAGGCUUCCGAAGGCUUCCGAAGGCUUCUGAAGGCGCCUCUGGAAGAAACUCCAUCUAGAUCCAAUCUCUUUCAGGCCGCUGCAUACAGCGCAGCGCCUGAGUCCCCACCCUCGCGGGGCAAGCUGGGCUGCUCACGUAAGGCGGAGUGGUCGCCGGCUCGCGAGGGUCCCCGGCAGAGGCAAAGGAGGGGAAGGCAGGGAAAGGCCGGUGCGCGGCCCCGGCGCCCGGCUCCAGCUCAGCAGCCCUUGCUACCGCCUGGAGAAAGCUCUGCGGAAGAUCCUAGCGCGCCGCCAUCCCUCCCUGCGAUCUCCGCGCCUGUCAGCGCGCCAAAGUGGCUGCCACCCACGAACAGGUGCGACAGCAUCCCGGCAGAUCCCCGCUCGGCCCGCGCCCCGCGCUCGCCCGGCCCCAGUCGGUGCCUGCGGUCCCCCCCCCCAACCCCCGCCCCCCCCCCGCCCCAGCCCAGCUCGGACCUCACGGCGCCAGCAGCCCGGCCGCGCCCCGGUGCCACCGCACCCGCCAAGUUCCUAAAGCAAGCGGCUCACCUCUCGCUCGGCCCGAGCGGCGGCGGGGAGCACCGGGCGGCAGCAGGAGCGCGCGAGCAGGAGGAUGUGCAAGCGGGCGCGGGAAGAGGAGCGAGCGGCUGCCGCGAUGCAAGAGGAAAGCGCCCGGCAGCUUCAACCCCGGCGUGGGCUGACCGUGACGUCACAAUGGCGCGGCCAGCCAAUCCGCGCCCGGAGGCUGGAUCAAGCGCUAUGAUGUCAUGCGGCCCGGGAGCCAAUCCUGGAGCGAUAGAACUUUCGUGA